AUGGCGUGGAAAGAAGUGGGCGCGUGGGAGAGAUGUGGGAAAGCAUCGGCAACAAGCGCUAGCGUGGAAAGAAUAGCUGUGGCGUGGAACCUGGAGCGGCGUGGCAAGUUUCAUGGGAAAAAGAUCGGCAAUGAGCGGUGGCGUGGAAAGGAAUGGAUGGAGUGGCUGAGUAUGAAGAUUAUGAGCUCUGGGGCCAAGGUUUUGCCCGUUGAUACGCUAGAGGUGGCUCUAAGUGCCGGGCACAACACCAAAACAACCUCUAAUGCAGGGGGUGCUGGAGCUAAAAUCGAUGGCGUACUGAGAAGCAACGGGGAGUAUGAGAUUAUAGCGCCCGAACGGUUUCGGGACUGCGCCGAACACCGACCGAACGUUCGGUCGGUCGUGUCGGGGAUUCGGUCGAUGUCGAAUGGGCGCCAAGCCUUGGCGAUCAGAGAAGAUAAGGAGGUAGGGUGGCCAAGCAAUGGUGUAAGAUUGCGUUUGACCGACCAUGCGGAAGUCGGGACGAUAAGUGAUAAGGACCGACCGACUCACGGAGGACAUCGGCCGAUACGGAAUACUGGCUCCGAUCUCGUACACACCUAUCGUAACCCUCCUGUGCGGUCAUGGGACCGACCGUGUUCGGUAAAAGACGCUACUUGUCUAGCACUGUUCGGUAUCUCCCCAAAGCUUCCCGAAUCCCUCCCUCGGACCCUAGCGCGGUCAGUGGUCGGCGGCUAUGAGUCGGAGCGGGAAAAAAAAUGGCGUGGAAAAUGUGGUGGCGUGGCAAGUUACGUGGGAAAAGGAUCGGCAAUGAGCGAUGGCGUGGAAAGAAACGCUGGCGUGAGAGUCGUGUCGGCAAAGAGCGGUGGCGCGUAUCGCGGCUUCUGCCGAACGCAGCGGCACGGGGCUUUGUCAGGUGACCACAAUCACCUGAUGAUCGUUGAUUCUCCAGCGACUAAGUCCCUCAUCGCCUUCUUUCCUCCCUCUUCGUCUCUCAUGUCGUCCCUUAUUUCUGUCCUGAAGGCGAAACUCGCCGAUUACAUGCUCUCCCUCCCGGACGGCGCUGCCGAAUAUGAGGAUUACGAGGUCUGGGGGCAAGGGUUUGCCAAACGGGUGGCUGUUUUCGAACGUUUGGCGCGUGGGCAAGACGUGCCCGAACUCGCCGACUUUAUCGCCGAGGCCGAACGUGGUCUCGAUCCAAUGGCUACUGACGACUGGCUGGUAUGGGGAGCGCGAAUCCUGCCGCAGCGGGCGGCGCGCGUCGCUUUGCAGCAACAACAAGCGGCCGAGGAACAGGCACUAGUGGAGGAGAGGGAGCGUGUUGCCGUCGCCGAACAGGAGGCUGCCGAAGCUGAGGCGACGCGGGCUGCUGCGGCUCGGAAGUCGGCUGAAGUAGAUCGUGAACGGCGCCGGGAGUUGCUGGUGGACGCGAUGUUUGAUGGCUCGCUCGAUCCUGAAGAGGGUGAGCGUCAAUUGGCUGAGCUCGAGGCCGAGUCCGUCUUCCCUCUCCCUCUCUUCCUUCUCUCUCCUUCUCCCUCCGCCGCCGCUUCCUCUUCUCAUCCUGUCCCGUCCGCCGACUUAUCCCAUCCCGAUCCGUCCGCCGACUCGUCCUAUCCCGACCCGUCCGCCGACUCGUCCUAUCCCGACCUGUCCGCCGCUGACUCUGCGCUUGCAUCCGCAACCGAUGCCCUGGACCGAAUGAGCGUGGGUCGGGUCGCCGCCGCUGCCCCGACCGACGUGAAGGGCAAACAGUCGGCCGCGGCUGUUGUCGUCGAGUUUGCUCACCAACGGACGCCACCUCUUGGACGCGUUGUCCUUCCUCUCGGCCCUGGGACGGGCCGAAUGUCGACCGUUAGGUCCCCUGUGGAGCGGAAUGGUGCCGGUAAAAUGCUCGAAGAUCCGCCCGAGUUGUUACCUGGUGAUGUACUGGCCAACUACGCUUGUCACCGCUGUGCGACCGCCUUUCUGACCAAGGCGUUCCGUUGCUACCAGAGACCUGGGCUGGUGUCGUGCACUAAGUGUGCCAGGGAGUCGAAGGGGUGUAGCUUCCAGCCCGGGUGGAUGCCGGUGGAGAAGGGGAAGGGGAAGUCGAAGGAGAAGGGGAAGGGGAAGUCGAAGGAGCAGUCGGCGCCCAAGGCGGAGGAGAGGGAACGCCCCUUAAAGCGUCGUAAGGUAGAGGUGGUUAUCCCCGUGCGGUCAGUCGGGGAUAGCAUCGCCCAAACGAAAGCCGUUCGCACCCGAAAGCCGGUCCAGCGGCUUCCUACCACGGCUAGGGCCGUCCUCGCUCCUACCCGCCCUUCCCGCGCUCGUUCGGCUGCCUUCCCCGCUCCUUCCGACUCUUCUCUUCUCUCGCCCAUCGUCGCCCAAGGCAUCGCGUCUGAGCUUCGGUACCGCAUCGCGGUGGCUGAGGGUACGCGUGCUUCGCUGGCGCGAUCGGUCGCGAUGUGGCAGGCUGAGCUCGAGUCGCUCGAGGUGCGGGCGGGUCCAUCCACGUCCCCCGACGCUGUCUUGGUCGAGGACUCGUCGGAGGCAGACGAUUCGGGAAGGUCGGUGUCGGACGACUUUCUUCCUGAUGAGUAG